CGCGGGGGCGUGACGUCACGGAAAAGCCCCGCGCGGCGGCCGCUAUAAACCGCGGGCGGCGGCGGCGGCGGGCGCGGCUCGGACGGCUGCCCCGCGCAGGACAGCGCUCUGCGCCGCGAUCGUGGCGCGCACCGGUGCGUGGAUGCCCACGUGGCAAGGCCAGGACCCAGCGAUGACUCUGAACCAUGUCACCCUGCGCCGGGGCCCCGUGGGCGCGCAGCCGCAGCAGCAGCGCUGGAGCGUCCCGGCGGACGGCAGGAACCUCAUGAUCCAGAGGGAGCCCAGCCAGCGAGGCCAGCGCCCCGCCGCCCCCGAGGACCCCUGCCGCCGGAGCUGGUCCUCCGACUCCACCGAUUCGGUCAUCUCCUCCGAGUCCGAGAGCACCUACUACCGGGUGGUGCUCGUCGGGGGGCAGGGCGUGGGCAAGUCCACGCUGGCCAGCAUCUUCGCGGGCGUGCACGACAGCAUGGACAGCGACUGCGAGGUGCUGGGAGAAGACACAUACGAGCGAACACUGAUUGUUGAUGGCGAAAGUGCAACAAUUAUCCUCCUGGACAUGUGGGAAAAUAAGGGGGAGAGCGAGUGGCUGCAGGACCACUGCAUGCAGGUCGGGGACGCCUACCUGAUCGUCUACUCCAUCACAGACCGAGCCAGUUUUGAGAAGGCAUCCGAGCUGCGGAUCCAGCUCCGCAGGGCCCGGCAGACAGAGGACAUUCCUAUAAUUUUGGUUGGCAACAAAAGUGACCUGGUGCGGUGUCGGGAAGUGUCUAUUUCAGAAGGGAGAGCGUGUGCGGUCGUGUUCGACUGCAAGUUCAUCGAGACCUCCGCGGCGGUCCAGCACAACGUGAAGGAGCUGUUCGAGGGCAUCGUGCGACAGGUCCGCCUCCGGAGGGACAGCAAGGAGAAGAACGAGCGGCGGCUGGCCUACCAGAAGAGGAGGGAGAGCCUCCCCAGGAAAGCCAGGCGCUUCUGGGGCAAGAUCGUGGCCAAGAACAACAAGAACAUGGCCUUCAAGCUGAAGUCCAAGUCCUGCCAUGACCUCUCCGUGCUCUAGGCGCCCCGAGCCACCCAGAUGUCCCCCUCAUGGACAUCGUCGAAGGCCACUGGGACCGAUAAUCUAUAUUAGAUUGAAUCCGUAAACAUUGUUAGAUGCGGCUUCCCCUUCUGCAGCUGGGAAUGUAUGUGUUAGCCUGAUGGGCCACCGGAUGCACGGGAGGUGAAAGACCUUUGUAAAGAGUCGCUGUUUAUUUACAGGAAAAGCCUGACGUUGCGACUUGAACACCCAAGACAUCAGAGGAUGUGUUCGGUGUUCACACGUGUUUCCUCUUUCCCUCGGGUAGUAGAGAAUCGAAGCCUUAAAAGAAUUCCUAGAAAAAUAACUGUUCAUUAUUAAAAAUUUCCACAGGGUUCUGAUAUUUGAAUUUGAGGCCACUGGGUCAUAAGCAAAUAGAAGAGGGUUUAUUCCAGGGAGGAAGUGCCUUAUAUCUGUGGAGCUAGGACUGUGGGAUCGAGCUCAUCGCGACUGUUACUGCUCCCUCCGGCUGUGAAAAGAAAUGACGGACCUGCUGGAGGCUAAACCUUGCAAACGGUUUUUGCUCAGUGCUCACAGUUGGGGAUCCAAAAAUUUGUAGAAUUGAGGACUGAUACAUGUACCACUAAUGGGUUUCAAAAAGUAUAUCUUCACUUCUGUGUCUUAUAAUUUUUUAUUCAGGGCAAUUUAUUUUAAUCAAAUUAACUUGGUCAAACCACCUUUUAUGUUUCAUUAUUUUUACAGUCACAGGUUCAUCAUAAAAAUAUUUUUAAAAUCUGAAUUAUUGAUAACCUGGAGUGCAAAGUGCCACAUUUUUAAGUGUAAUCCAAGGCCUGAAUUUUUAUGACACAAAACAUAAAUAUUUCCAGUACUUUGAGUUGACUCUUGUAUCCCACACCUCUGCUCUAUUUAUUAUUUUGCAAAAUAAUAACCAUUUUAACAUUUGAUAAAGCAUAUUUAUGACAUGUUUCUUAAUAAGAAAAAUGUCCAUUUUAUUAUCAUUUUAUAUCUUUUUUAGAAUAUGCAAGUAUUUACCUAUAUAUCUUAUAAUAAAAGAAAUAAAAUCUUUGAAAAAA